AAACGCACCCCUUUCGCUUGUGUUCCCUCACAGUUCAGUUCUCUGAAUUCUACUUCCCAUAAAAUUCAAGAUGUCUAAAGCUUUCGUCGAGCUUCAAGUAAAAGAGAACAAGGUCGUAGUUUUCUCCAAGACCUACUGUCCUUACUGCAAAAAGGCGAAAGAGGCGUUGUCAAGUACUGGUCUGAAGGACUACGCUCUGGUCGAGUUGGACGAACGAGAGGAUGGCGACGAGAUUCAAGAUAUUCUCAAGGGAAUCACCGGAGGCAGAUCGGUUCCAAGAGUGUUCAUUGGGGGCAAGUUUGUUGGAGGGGGAGAUGAUGUGAAGAAGCUUGCAGACACUGGCAAACUGAAGCCAAUGUUGCAGGAAGCUGGAGCCUUGUAAAUGAACGAUUUCAUUUAAAAACAGUGCACAAUGCAUGGAAUGAAAAUGCAAAGGAUUCAGUAGUUUACUUUGUGUAUAAAUAAUGCAUAUAUAACCAACUUUCAUGGAGUAGUUCUUCAAAAUUAGUUGUAACAGAGCACACUUAGCAGUUAUUUUAAAGACGUACUUGAUUAAAAGGUUCAUAUGAUUUCCACAAUAUGUAGAAAUUCUAAACGCAAUUUUGAAUAAAGAGUGAUUUAAAAAA